UGUUUUGUAUUCUUUCAAAGUCCAUUAGAUUUCUCUUCUCUUUCCUAUCCUUCUCUCUCUUCUCUUUCCCAUGCGAUUGCAGCUUUUAAGCUGAUCCUCCGCAUAGAGACAUAUUAUAGAGACAUGUUUUGGCUUUUGUAAGAACUCUGGGAAGGGGCUUGCCCAAGAAAUCCACUCUCUCACUCAGAUUGAGCUUGCCCGCCCGCCAUUGCUUGAAGUUCUUCUCUCUCUCUCUCUCUCUCUCUCUCUCUUCCUUUUCGGUCAAGUCGGCCGCCGCUGUAAGAGAGAGGAGGGUGAGGCGUUCUGGGCAGGCGCGGAAGCAGAAUGCUUAACUUGAGCAGCUCCGCCCUAUAUGGCGUAAACUUCAAGUCGAGACGAAGAACAGGGUUUACGUUAGAUGGGUUGGUCUCCGAUACACAGAUGCACAUGCCAUCACCGUCAUCUUUAUCUUCUUUAAGACUGAGGGCCCGGAGUCCUAAUGCCAUUUUGUGUUGCCAAGCAUCACCACCCGAAGCUCACGAAAUUUCACUUAGGAAGGAUGAUUUGCCUGUUCAUGGGUUACCUGAAAUAGUUGUUGGUGUUUUGGGAGGGGGGCAAUUGGGUCGGAUGCUUUGUCAAGCGGCUUCAAAAUUGGCCGUGAAGGUGAUGGUGUUGGACCCAAUGGAGAACUGCCCAGCGAGCACAUUGUCACACUAUCACAUGGUUGGAAGCUUUGAUGACAGUGCUACAGUUCAGGAUUUUGCAAAGAGAUGUGGCGUAUUGACAGUUGAAAUUGAGCAUGUCGAUGUUGCUACACUUGAGAAGCUUGAACAACAAGGUGUUGAUUGUGAACCUAGGGCUUCUACUAUUCGUAUAAUCCAAGAUAAAUAUCUUCAAAAAGUUCAUUUUUCUCAUCAUGCCAUUCCGCUUCCCGAGUUUAUGCAGAUUGAUGAUCUUAAUAGGGCCAAGAGGGCAGGUAAUCUAUUUGGCUAUCCUCUUAUGAUUAAGAGUAAGAGGCUAGCUUAUGAUGGGCGUGGAAAUGCUGUUGCUAAAAGCGAAGAGGAGAUUCCAUCUGCAGUAGCAGCUCUUGGAGGAUAUGAUCGUGGUUUAUACGUUGAGAAAUGGGCAUCUUUUGUUAAGGAGCUGGCUGUCAUUGUCGCAAGAGGACGAGAAAAUUCAAUCUUGUGCUACCCUGUUGUUGAAACCAUUCAUAAGGAUAACAUUUGUCAUGUUGUGAAGGCACCAGCUGAUGUGCCAUGGAAGAUCAGGAAACUUGCAACUGAUGUUGCAUACAAGGCAAUUAGCUCAUUAGAAGGUGCUGGCGUGUUUGCUGUUGAGUUGUUUCUGACAAUGGAUGGUCAGAUUUUACUGAACGAAGUAGCUCCCAGACCUCACAAUAGUGGUCAUCACACAAUUGAAUCUUGCUUCACUUCGCAAUAUGAACAACAUCUGCGUGCAGUCCUUGGUCUUCCACUUGGUGAUCCAUCAAUGAAAAUUCCAGCAGCUAUUAUGUAUAAUUUACUGGGUGAAGACGAGGGGGAGCAAGGUUUCUAUUUAGCUCAUCAACUUAUUGGAAGGGCAUUAUGUAUUCCAGGGGCUUCUGUUCAUUGGUAUGAUAAGCCAGAAAUGCGAAAGCAACGAAAAAUGGGUCAUAUUACGAUUGUUGGCCCUUCAAUGGGUGUUGUAGAAGCACGGUUAAAUUCAAUGCUAAAGCAAGAAAUUGGGCAUGGAAAAUCUACAGUCACUCCACGUGUUGGGAUUAUAAUGGGCUCUGAUUCAGAUCUUCCUGUUAUGAAGGACGCUGCAAAGAUUUUGAAUAUGUUUGGUGUGGCUAACGAGGUGAGAAUAGUUUCGGCACACAGGACUCCUGAAAUGAUGUUUUCAUAUGCUCUGUCUGCUCGUGAGCGAGGUGUUCAAAUCAUCAUUGCUGGGGCUGGGGGUGCAGCCCACUUGCCAGGUAUGGUAGCUGCGCUGACUCCCUUGCCUGUUAUUGGGGUACCUGUGCGUGCUUCUGCUUUGGAUGGACUUGAUUCCCUCUUAUCAAUUGUGCAGAUGCCGAGGGGUGUUCCUGUGGCAACAGUUGCAAUCAACAAUGCCACAAAUGCAGGCUUGCUAGCAGUGAGGAUGUUGGGAGUUGGAGAUGCUGACCUACAGGCAAGAAUGAGUCAGUACUUGGAAGACACAAAGGAUGAUGUCUUGUUGAAGGCAGAAAAGCUACAAAAUGAUGGAUGGGAAACUUAUCUUAAUCCUUGAGUUUUGAUUCGGAUACUCUGCUGGUGAUAUUCCAUUGUACCAUUUUUCGCCAGGGAUAAUAAUGGUCCUCAAGCUCAAUGUGCUCAAGUUUUGCUGGACAGAAUCGAUGAUUCACACAUCAUUGCUGUCCAUUCACUUAAUAAACGAGAGGGAAUAAUCCCCUUGUCAGUGAUACUUGAUGCAGAACUUAGAACGAUCGAGGGAAAAUGCAUAGGGAAUUUCUUAACAUUGCUUGGAAAAGCUGGCCUUGCAUCCUGAGAGGUUUUGAUCCUGCAAAAUUACUCUUAGCAAUAGUUAGUGACAAAUAAAGAAGUGGGUUUUCCAAAAAUUUGGAAAAGGCUUUUAUGGUGAUAUGCGAAGGGUUCCUGAAAUGAUAUGUAUUAUGGCAUUGGAUUAUUUACUGCAGAAUUCAGAUAAAUUUUUAGUUAUAGAUUGGAGUCUCUGUGAGAACGGGGAAAGUAUAAAUUUGUACAAUUUUUUAUAAAUUUGAUAAUUGUUAAUUUAUUUAUCAUUCAGAUUUUUAUUUUAAUUUUGAAUUUUAUGAGACAAUUUUUUAGAAUAAUAAAUAAAUGCCUCCAUUUUAUAAUAA